CAACGGAUUGCAUCUUUGGGUUAAAGUGAAAGACACCAGCCUGGCUAGCUAGAGAAGCACCCGGGAAGGCGGGACUUCCGCCUUGCGUCCCCCACCCCCGGCCUCUCCCCCUUCUCCUGUGCAGUAGUAAUGUGUCCCUCCUACUUCUAAGGGAAUCCAGUGAGCUGCAUUUGGAGUGGAGGGAGGGUCCCCAAGGACUAGAAGGAAGUGGGGCUGAGAAGAGAAAGCAGGCAGGAAUCCAACCGGCAAAGCUCAUCAGAGUAUCCCCAUGUGGGGGAAAGCUGCUCCGGGUGAAGAUCUGCCUGCCUCUCGUCCACUUGCUCAAGGAUUCCACCGUUCCAUCCAUGUGGUCAUUCCUCACCUUAAGAAAGAGGCUCCUUUGAGAGCAAGACAAAGAUGAGAGAACAAGACCCAGCUGGCCUUGAAACAGAAAGAGGCCCUUCUGUCUUCCAGACUGGGAGCAGUGGGGAAUUCUGGGAAAGGACUGAGCAGAAGAUCCUGGGUGGAGACAUGACCAGCUCAGAUGUCCCGGGCUGGAGAUUCAGGCAGUUUUGCUACCAGGAAGCCAAGGGGCCCCGGCAGGUUUGCAGCCAACUCCACCACCUUUGCCAUCAAUGGCUGAGCCCAGAGAGACACACGAAAGCUCAGAUCCUGGACCUGGUGAUCCUGGAGCAGUUCUUGACCAUCCUGCCCCCAGAGAUGGAGAGCUGGGUGAGAGAAUGCGGAGCGGAGACCAGUUCCCAGGCAGUGGCGCUAGCAGAAGGUUUUCUCCUGAGCCAGGCAGAGGCCUGGAAGCAGAAAGAGCAGCAGAUGUCAGGGUCAUCAGAAGCCGCCAUGGAAUUUCCUGAGAGAGAGAAGGAUCCGGACACUAGACGGAGGUCGCUGUUCCAGCGGAUCGUGCAAGACAGCAGUGGAGGCACAACCUUGCUGGGGAAUGGGAUGAUACUGAAUGAGGAGGAUAUGAAGGCUGAGCAGCAGGAACAGCAUCCCGCCGAUUCCAUUCCCUCCAACAUUCCUGCGGGAGCCUCUGGAAGGUCAGAGGUGUGGCAGUACUUCCACAACGCAGAUGACCCCUGGUGGUGGGAAUGCCUUCUUUGCGGGACAAAGAUCGUUCCUGGCAAGGUGAUGGGACUGCUCACCCAUUCCAGCAUGGUGGAUCACCUGAAGAAGCACCACGAGUCAGUGCUGCUGCAAGGAGAGGCAGACAGAACUGAGCCCUGUAGAUUCCUCUCUCCAGCCAGUCAGGGGGAUGAAGGGACUCCGAAGGCCUCCUCUGAUUCCUCCUCCGGGGAAGAGGAUGAGCAGCAGCAGUUCCAGCCUGGUGGCCCCUGUGGCAGCACUGGGGUGGGGGAAAGGAGGGUGCGGUGUGCACUCUUUGUGUGCGACAGCACUAGCACAGCGGCUUCCCAGGCUGUGGAGGCUGCUGUUUCCCCCAGAUCUAUGGCAGGCAGUGUUCUCCAGGGGAGUACGAUGGAGGUAUCUGCCCUGGAGGGAGAUUCACAGCUGGGUUUGGGGAAAACGAUCCAUCUAGAAUUAUCUCCCACCACUCAGAACACUGUGCAGGAGCUCCUCAAAGAGAAGGGACUUGUUGAUGACGAAUCUGUGCUGGGCUUCCUGGUUCCAGUUGUGCAGCUACUAGACCCUCCUGCCCAGGGAGGUGGUGGCUACCCCUCUGAACUGGGUGCAGUGAGGGGACCGGAGGAGACGAUGGAGACUGAGCAGAGCCCUGAUUCUAUUUGCUCCACGAUGCCAGUGGGCCUAGCUAGGAAUGAGGUUGGAGCGUGCCAGGCUUUGGAUGUGUGGAAGUACUUCCGCUGUACAGAUGACCCCCAGUGGGGGGAGUGCCUCCUCUGCAGGAUGAAGAUCAGUCGGGUUAAGCCAGCGGGGCAACUCACCAAUUCCGGCAUGCUGCACCACCUCAGGAGGCAGCACGCCUCGGUGCUGGCGGAAAGGGAGGCCGCCACAGUGACGCCUGGUGCCCUUCUCUCCCAGUCUCUUCUGGGGGCUGAGGCAAAGGGCUGGAGCGGCAGCCACAUGGGGAGCCAGACAGACCCGUUGGACUCUCAGCUGCUCAGGGAGGAGGAGGAGGAGGAGGAGGAGGAAACCCAAACCACUGCCAUGGUGCAGUGCAGGAUGAGUGCAACCACUUCUGCGCCAGAGCAGAGAGGGAGCGGCUCCGAACCCAGCACCAUGGCCAGCCUCACGGUGUACAGCACCUCCGUGACCGGCUCUAGGGAGGUGCAGGGACAGUCAGCAGAAGUAGCUGUUCAUGAAGCGGGAAAGACCUCAUCAGAUACCGGACUGAAGCCUCUGUUCAAGUGGAUUGUGCAGGAGGGGGACAGGCAUACCACUUCAUUGGACAGUGAAACAAGGCUGGUACUUCAUUCUGGGCCUUCUCCUCUUGGUGCUGAAGUGGGAACGGUUGCUGUGCAGUCACCAGAUCAGGACCUGAUGACCUUGGAGGAGGUGGCGGUGUGUUUCUCCGAGGAGGAGUGGGCUCUGCUGGAUCCAGCCCAAAGGGCUCUGCACAGAGAAGUCAUGGAGGAGAAUUACUUGAAUCUGGCCUCGCUGGGAGGACUUCUGAUUCCCAAAACAGAACUCAUCUCCUGUCAGGAACAAGGGAAGACCCCAUUUCUCGAGGGCACCGACAAAGGAGAUUGCUCAGCAGGUGACCAGAAAGGAACUGAGACAGAAAGUGAAGAACACAGAAGGAAAACAGAAGAAAAAUGGAAGAGGAGGAAGAAAUCAAUUGUUUCUGAAGGGGCUGAAUUCUCUGAAAUUCCAUUCCAACCAGAAUGUCACAAAGUAAAUAAGCAGCCCCUUUCUGCAGACUUCUUAACUAGCAAAACAAGCCUUGGUGUACAUCAAGGGCUUCACAAUAAGAAGAAAUCAUUGAGUUGCACAGAGUAUGGAACAAGCUUCAGCCAGAGGAUAAAUCUCCACUUGCAUCAAAGAAUUCACACAGAGGAAAAGCCAUUUAAAUGCUCAGAGUGUGGGAAGAGCUUCAAUCGGAGCAUAAGCCUUCUUUUACAUCAAAGAAUCCACACAGGAGUGAUACCGUAUGAAUGUUCAGAUUGCGGAAAGAGCUUCAAUCAUAGCACACAACUUAAAGCACAUCAAAGAAUCCACAUGGGGGAGAUCCCCUAUCAAUGUACAGAGUGUGGAAAGUGCUUCAGCCAUAGCAUCAGCUUUACUUUACAUCAAAGAAUCCACACUGGGGAGAAGCCUUAUACAUGUUUGGAGUGUGGAAAGCGCUUCAGACUUAGUGCACACCUUAAGUCACAUCAAAGAAGCCACACAAAGGAGAAGCCCUCUAAAUGUUCUGAGUGUGGGAAACAAUUCAGUCACAACUCAGACCUUAAAUGGCAUCAGAGAGUGCACACAGAAGAGAAGCCAUAUCGGUGCUCAGAGUGUGGAAAGAGCUUCAGUCACAGCAUCAGCCUUACUUUGCAUCAAAGAAUUCACACAAAGGAAAAGCCAUAUAAAUGUCCAGAAUGCGGAAAGGCCUUCAGCCAGAGCUCAGACUUUAGGUUGCAUCUAGAGAUCCAUACAGGGAGGAAUCUGUGAAUGGAAUGUAGCAUGUGGAAAGAAUGCCAGGUGAAGGAUGGCCCUUCAUUUUAAAGGAUCCACACAUAGGAGAAAGUGUUUAAAUUAUCAGACUAGAGCUGUCUAACCCAGGAGUUCUCAAACAUGGGUCCCUAGAUGCUGUUGGAUAACAACUCCCAUGACUCCCAGGUGGUGUUCCUAGCUCCCCAAAAGUCAUUGGGCUGGGGAUAAUGGGAGUUGUAGUCUGGCAACAUAUGGAGAACUACAUUUGAGAACCCCUUGCCUAACCCACCAAGGCUUAGUAAUUGAUGCAGACUGUGGUAACCAGCCUCCCCUCCCUCUAAAGAGUUAACAGGAAGUGAACCCUUGUCUUGACUGACAGGCCAGUGAACCCCAGGCAACCAAUCAGUAAGGCAACCAAUCAGUACGCUAGGUGAGUGGGACCUAGAGAGCCGUUGCUGGGAAUUCUGGGAAGAAGAAAGGAAGUUAUGUGAUGGAGGAGCAAGGGGACAUGUGGCAAUGGAGUUUGCUGCAACAUGAAGACUGCAGCUCUGGGAAGAUAAAACUGCAGGGGCUUGAUUCUCAAGAGGAAUUUGGUGAGUUCAAGGAAAAAGGAAGCCAGGGCUAGGGGCUUCGGCUGUUUAGGGCAGGAGAAAGUGGUAUAGUAAGAAUUUCUGGGUUUUUGGUGUGUGCUUUGCAUUUCCUAAAUAUCUGUUAUCUGCAACUAAGUAACUAAGAUUUUAUUGAAUGCUGCCCCAGUAUCAUUUGGGGUGCUGCUGAAGUAUUUUUGUAACUUACUAAGCAUUAUUAUCUAACCAACCGAAAGCCUCAGACGGAACCAGUCUGUAGUAAUUAAAAAGAACUCUGUAACCAUUUAAGCGUUCUUAAAUGCAAGCUUUUAUGCUUUUGUUUUAAUUUUAAUCAGAUUUGUUUAAUAUUUCUCACUUAAUAUUUUAAUUGUCUUUUUUACCAACUUGUUUUUAAAUUUUGCUGUAACCCCCCUUGGGAUUGUUUUGAUGAAAGGCAUUAUAUAAAUUUAACAAUCAAUCAGUAAGUAAGUAAAUAAAUAAAAGUAGAUGCCUGCA